AUGGCUUCAGACUUCAAUUUGAAUGAUGACAUGGAUGAAGAUGCUGCUACUAAUGAUGCUGAAAUAUUUCAGUAUGAUCUCAACUUUGUCUACGAUGAUGGGAUUGACUCAGAAAAUAACCAUGACAACAUUGGGUUUGACUUAAACCAAACUCCUUCCCCUGAUGCAACAGAUGCAUCUGAACCAGCAAGCAACCAUAUAGAGACAGCAGCUAACAACAGCAAUCAGCAAGCAACAUCAGAUCACCAAGACACAACAAGCAACAUCAACAAUCAGCAAACACCAAUCAACCCAGAAAACUCUGAAGCUCAUCAUCAGCCAACAAGGAGGAGGCUCAGUAGUGGGGCCAAGUUAGACAUUUUGAUAUGGCUAUUAACAAGGUCAACAAAUGGAAACCUGAAAUAUGGAUCCAUUCAACAGGCAGCCAAUCAUUUCAAUCUGUGCUCAAGAACUAUUCUCAGAAUAUGGAAAAAGGGGAAGGAACAAAGGGAUGCCCAGUUACAGUACAACAUGUCAACAGGCUUCCACAAUUGUGGAAGAAAGAGAAUAACAAUUCCAAAUGAUGCCAUAAGGGCAGUGGCAAUGGGGAACAGAUCAUGCCAAAGGGACUUGGCAGUAAUGUUAAAUGUUGGUAAAAGCACAAUCCAGAGACUGAUUGAGAGAGGGGAAGUCAGACCUCACACAAAUGCAUUAAAGCCAAAGCUUACACCAGCAAACAGAUUAGAUAGGCUGAGAUUCAUACUUAACAGCAUUGUAGGAGAUUCACCAGGCACAAAAAGAGUGUACCAGUCAAUGUACAAUACAGUACAUAUUGAUGAAAAAUGGUUUACACUGACUAAAAAAACACAUAGGUCAUAUUUAGCAAAAGGAGAAAAAGGUCCACAUAGAGUAAUGCAAUCAGCCAAGUUCAUUCCAAAAUUCAUGUUCCAAGGAGCAGUUGCAAAACCUUGGUACAAUGCAGAAAAAUAA